AUGUCAGAUUAUGACGAUGUUUUAUGUAGUUCUCUGAAAUUGAAAUCUGGCCAAGGAAUAAAAAAAAAAAAGAAAAAGCAUGCUAAAAAAUUAGCACCAAACGACCUUGAAGUGGUGACUGUCAAUACCACUGAAAUUAAUCCAAACGACGAAACUGUCAAAGAAUUGAAUAAUAAUAAUUCAAAGCCUACAUAUAAAAAUCUAACUAAAUCACAGAUAGAAUGGGAGAAACGUCGAGAUAAACGUAUAUUUGAAUCUGUACUAUCAAAGGCAGAUAAAUCUCAUAAACAAAGAAUAAUUGAAUUUAACAAUUAUCUGAGUACUCUUACUGAACACUUCGAUAUUCAGAAAGUUUCUUGGACAAAAUAG